AUGUCUGACAAUAACAAGGCAUAUUCCAUAAAGUUUCUGACUUUCAACACUUGGGGAUUGAAAUACGUCUCCAAACACCGCAAAGAAAGGCUCAAGGCCAUCGCUGAUAAGUUGGCAGGCCACUCGGCACUGGCCCCGAUAGCUGAGGAGUUGCUGCCAAAUGGCAGAAAUAGCGAUGGCAACGAAGAUUACGACGUGAUUGCUUUGCAGGAGAUCUGGUGUGUGGAAGACUGGAAGUAUCUGGCGUCGGCUUGUGCCUCCAAGUAUCCGUAUCAGCGCCUGUUCCAUUCUGGGAUCCUGACAGGCCCCGGCUUGGCAAUAUUGUCCAAGGUACCCAUAGAGUCGACCUUCCUUUACCGUUUCCCUAUCAACGGGAGACCGAGUGCGGUGUUUCGUGGCGACUGGUACGUGGGGAAGUCUGUCGCCAUCACUGUAUUGAACACGGGCACGCGCCCUAUUGCCAUCAUGAACAGCCACAUGCAUGCUCCGUAUGCCAAGCAGGGUGAUGCUGCGUACUUAUGUCACAGAUCUUGUCAGGCCUGGGAUUUCAGCAAGCUUAUUAAACUUUACAGGCAAGCCGGAUAUGCGGUAAUUGUGGUGGGUGACUUGAACUCCAGACCUGGUUCGCUACCCCACAAGUUCCUCACCCAGGAGGCCGGUUUGAUCGACUCCUGGGAACAAUUGCACGGGAAGCAAGACCUGGCUGUAAUCUCGCGUCUCUCUCCAUUGCAACAGUUACUUAAAGGUUGUACCACAUGUGACUCGCUGCUCAAUACUUGGAGGGCACAAAGACAACCCGACGAGGCAUGCAGGCUGGAUUAUGCCCUCAUCGACCCUGAUUUCUUGCAAACAGUAGAUGCAGGCGUUAGAUUCACCGAAAGAAUCCCUCAUCUGGACUGCAGCGUUUCCGACCAUUUCGCGUACUCAUGUACCCUAAAUGUGCUCCCUCAGGGCACAGAAACCCGUCCAUCCACCUCCACCAUGCAUGCGAGAGCCCAUAGUAGAGAGUUGGUCUUGCAGAAAUACUCAAACUACGAAACCAUGAUAGAAUGCAUCCACACGUACAUGAAGACCGCCCAAAGACAAAAGUUUUUCCGUGGCCUGCACUUCUGGGCCUCAAUACUACUCUUGAUAGCGUCACUGGUCGUGACAACCUUUACUGCCAAUAAGGCAGGCUGGUCCUCCAUCUUCUGGGUCCUUUUUGCCAUUGCUGUCUCUAUCUCCGGCACCAUCGACGGUGCGAUUUCAUUCCUAUUUGGAAGAUCGGAAAUCAGAGCGCUUAUUGAAGUCGAACAAGAGGUCCUGGAUGCGGAGCACCAUCUGCAAACUUUUCUAAGCGAAAAAUGA